AUCUCGGGCCGACUUUCGGCGGCUUGGCCAACUCCGAGGCGACGGUGGUAACGGCGGCGGCCCGGGCGGGAGGUAGUAGCAGUGGCGGCGGCGACUGGAGGCGAAGAGGAGUCCGAGGUUAUGCGUCUCAAUGAUCCCGCGGAAACGCUACGGGUCUAAGAACACGGAUCAGGGUGUCUACCUGGGUCUCUCAAAGACACAGGUCCUGUCCCCUGCAACAGCUGGCAACAGCAGCAACAGCAGCGGCAGCAAAAGCAAAAGCGACCUCGCCCCUGUGCCCCCACCUGCACCCCUCGUCCCUCCCCCUCCCGACACUACUAUGUCUUGCCGGGAUCGGACCCAGGAGUUUUUGUCCGCCUGCAAGUCCCUGCAGAGCCGGCAGAAUGGAAUCCAGACGAAUAAGCCUGCGCUGCGGGCUGUCCGGCAGCGCAGCGAGUUUACCCUCAUGGCCAAGCACAUCGGGAAAGACCUCAGCAAUACAUUUGCCAAGCUGGAGAAGCUGACAAUCCUGGCGAAGCGCAAGUCCCUCUUUGAUGAUAAAGCAGUGGAAAUCGAGGAGCUUACUUACAUCAUCAAGCAGGACAUCAAUAGCCUCAACAAAAAAAUCGCCCAGCUGCAGGAUUUCGUGCGGGCCAAGGGCACCCAGAGCGGCCGGCACCUGCAGACUCACUCCAACACCAUCGUGGUCUCCCUGCAGUCCAAACUGGCCUCCAUGUCCAAUGACUUCAAAUCCGUUUUGGAAGUGAGGACAGAGAACCUGAAGCAGCAGAGGAGCCGGCGGGAGCAGUUCUCCCGGGCACCCGUGUCAGCCCUGCCCCUUGCCCCCAACCACUUGGGGGGUGGUGCUGUGGUUUUGGGGGCAGAGUCUCGGGCCUCCGGGGAUGUGGCCAUCGACAUGAUGGACACUCGAGCCAGCCAGCAGCUGCAGCUCAUUGAUGAGCAGGAUUCCUAUAUUCAGAGCCGAGCAGACACCAUGCAGAACAUUGAAUCCACAAUUGUUGAGCUGGGCUCCAUCUUUCAGCAGUUGGCACAUAUGGUGAAGGAACAGGAAGAGACCAUUCAGAGAAUCGACGAAAACGUGUUGGGAGCUCAGCUGGACGUGGACGCGGCCCAUUCUGAGAUCCUCAAGUACUUCCAGUCGGUCACCUCCAACAGGUGGCUCAUGGUCAAAAUCUUCCUCAUCCUCAUCGUCUUCUUCAUCAUCUUCGUGGUCUUCCUGGCCUGAGCCCAGUCCACGCUGAGGCGCUCCGUGAGGGGUUUCCAGAACCCUCCUGGGAGGGCAGGUGGCCAGUCCUGCCUCUGAGCCUGUACCAGAGAAAAGGCUGAUUCCCGGGAACUACUGUGAAUGGCUCUGGCAGCCCUUGAUCCCCCAUACUCGCCUCCGGCCCCCCCUCUCCACCCUCACCAACCUCAGGCCCUCGAAACACAUGGUUCUAAAUCCAGACUCUGCUGAGAACUGGCUGGAAGGGAUCAGAGGCCGCCUAGGGGGCUGGGG